GCGUUUUGUAUACCAGUUGUUGAGCGAGAUACGGCAUACAUUCUGGAAACAUUAAAUGGUCUGUUCACGAAUCUCGAAGAGGAGUUCAAAGAAGAUGUGGUCUUCAUUGUGAUAUUUGCCUAUGAAGACCUAAAGAAAAAGUCCUUCAAAGAUCAGGUGGAGGAGCUAAUGGCAGAAUUUCCUUCUGAGAUUCAGACAGGAUUACUUGAGGUAAGGGAAAGGAGAAAAUAA